CGUUGGGGACGGAUAAGACGGGUAUUGCUCGGUGAAAGAGCGAGCUAAUGUUUAUGAUUUAUGAAGUUGUUUAACGGGACAAGUACAAGAGUAUAUUCAGUUGCUGGUUUGAGGUUACAAGCAGUCCUCGGCGAAUCAGAAAACCUAAAGUGGAAUGGAGAACGAUGAUAAGUAAUGAGAUCGACAAAUUCAAGGCAGUCACCACCUCGGUUCCUGAAGUCAACAGACAUUGAAGUAAACAUCGCUUAAACCACGUGCCACCCUGAUGACGACGGGCCGCGCUUGCCCGCUUCGAGCAGCUUUCGUCUCCAGGCUCCAACCUCCUCUACCACCACCUUCAACACUCCGUAUUACAAACACGGAGAAACAAUAAUACAUCUCACUCACCACAGAAACUCGUACCACCCAUCCAUCAUGAGACUCCUUCCCCUCCUCAGCGUGCUCCUCAGCCUCCCUGCCACGGUGCUAUCGUGGCAAUCGGCGCUUAUCGCUGCUCCUUCACGUGCCAGUCUGGAAGUACCUGGAGACAAUACUUUAUCCUAUUGCAAAGAUCCCAGCCCCUACAUCUUCGACAUCUCCUACAUCGACCUCUCCCCCAACCCUCCCGUCCCCGGCCAAAACCUCACCAUAACAGCAGCCGGCAUAUCCUCUACAACCAUCGACGACAGUCUAGGCGCCAAACUUUUCAUCCAAGUCAAGCUCGGCUACAUCACGCUCCUCCACAAGGAAUACGAUUUCUGCGAAGUCAUCGACGCCGUAGAUCUGGAGUGUCCGCUGGAGAAGGGGUAUAGGAAGUUGGUCAAGGAGGUAGCGAUCCCGGGCGCCAUUCCGCCGGGGAAGUAUGCGGUGACGGCGGAUGCGUAUACGGAUGGGCAUGCGGAGCAGAUUACGUGUAUGGAGGGGUCGAUUGUGUUUUGAGGGGUCGGUGGGGAGGGAAAGGUGGGAGAGAUGAGAUGGGAGUGAGUUCUUGCGUUGGUUUGAUUAGGGAGUUUAUGCUUUUAUGAAUCUGCACGAUUUCGCUCUCGGGUUUGAUUUGCAUUUGGUCACUUGCGGCAUAUCAUUGCAUGGGCUUUUGAAAUUAUCGCGUGUCAGCAUUAUUGCAGUCAU